AAACAAGAUCCCAGGCCACAGCUAUGGCUACUGGCGGAGGUGCAUACGACGUCAGGCUCAUCAGGUCUGUUUGACCACGGAAGGGCGUACAUACAACCGUACUUUUUUCAAGGUUGGGAGAGACGAUUCAAGAGCCAGUUUGACACAGCCGUGGGUUUCGCUCCGUUGAACCUCCUCAUCCUUCUUCAUUGAUUCCCAGCGCCGCGACUUCAAUAUAGCCCUGACUCCGUCGCCAUGUCCGACUACACCCUGUACAGCUACUACCGCUCCUCGUGCUCCGCACGCCUGCGCAUCGCGCUCAAUCUCAAAGGCAUCGACUACGAGCUCGUCCCCGUCAACCUCCUCAAGGACGAGCAGCUUUCCGAAUCGCACCGGGCGCUCAACCCGUCCGCCACGGUGCCGCUCCUCGUCGUGCGCAGCGGCGACGACAAGACGGGGUUCAAGAUUGGGCAAUCCGUCGCCGCUCUCGAGUAUAUCGACGAGGUGGCGCACCAGGAGGGGGCCUCGUCGCUUCUGCCGCCCGCCAGGGACGCGCGCGGCCGGGCUAUUGUGCGCACGCUCGCGCAGAUCAUCUCGGCGGACACGCAGCCCGUGACGAACCUACGCAUCAUGAGGCGCGUGCGCGCGCUGGGUGGCAGCGCCGAGGACUGGAACAAGGAGCUCAUGACGGAGGGGCUGCGCGCGUAUGAGGCCGUCGCGCAGGACCACGCGGGGAGAUAUUCGUUUGGCGACAGCCUCACAAUCGCGGAUGCUUGCCUCAUGCCGGCGGUUUGGAAUGCCGAGCGGUUCGGUGUCGACGUCAAGGGGCUUUUCCCUACAAUCGCCAAGGUCGCGGCCGUCUUGGAGGAGCACCCAGCUGUCAAGAAGGCUCAUUACUUUAGGCAGCCCGACACGCCCGAUAACCUGCGCAUCGACUAGGGGCUAGAUCGCACAAUAGUAAUGAAUAGUAAUACGGGGCGAGGGUAUGAUUUCAAG